AUGAGAGUCGACGCGACGCCCCAGACCACCAAUGGCGCUCCUGACCUCGCGCUCCUCUCGAAAAAGUACGAACAAGAAAAGCAGAAACGCCUACGCCCAGAUGGCAACGCCCAGUACCUUGAGCUGAAUCUCAACACGUCUUCACGCCUCAAAGCCCUGGCUCACGACCCAUGGGUAGACCACGCGGCUCUUAAUGCCCAGGCUCCAAGUCUUCGCGAUGGAGACGACGUGCGCUUGCUUGUCCUUGGCGCAGGCUACGGUGGGCUACUGUAUGCUGUACGCUUCCUGGAGAUAGGCUUCGCAGCGGCGGACAUUCGACUAGUCGACACGGCAGGCGGUUUCGGAGGCACCUGGUACUGGAACCGCUACCCGGGCCUAAUGUGCGACGUGGAGAGCUCUAUCUACAUGCCUUUGCUGGAGGAGACGGGAUACAUGCCAAAGCAUCGCUUUUCUUACGGGUCCGAGCUGAGGCAAUACGCCGAUGACAUCGCCGCAAAAUGGAAUCUGGCUGAUAAAGCCGUCUUCCGUACGCAAAUACGCUCCGUUGAAUGGAACGAUACUAAGCGGCGCUGGAGGGUGACCAUGACCCAGGAUCGUGGGCCAGACGAGCAGAGUAUCACAAUGACCGCCACGUCGCAAUUUGUCGUUAUGGCAAACGGGGUGCUCAACCAUCCCAAGGCGCCCAAGAUCCCGGGCCUCGAGACAUUCGACGGGCAAAUGAUGCACACUGGCCGAUGGGACUACGGCAUCAGUGGCGGAUCACCCGAAAACUGGAACCUAGAUGGACUCAAGGGCAAGAGGGUUGGUGUCGUGGGCACUGGCGCGACGGCUAUCCAGUGCGUCCCCCAACUGGCCAAAUGGGCAGAUCAGCUCUACGUCUUCCAACGCACGCCAUCCGCCGUCGAUGAACGCGGGCAGAGACAGAUGACAGCCGACGAAUGGAAAGCAGUAACAGCCGGCGAGGGCUGGUGGCGCUCUCGUAAUAAGAACUUUCACCAUGUCAUGGCCGGCAUUCCUGUCCCAAAGAAUCUCGUCGACGAUGGCUGGACCAACAUCGAUGCCUACAAGUACUUGAGUGGAGCGCCCCACGAGCCCCCGCUGAGAAUGGAAGACAUACCGGCACACGUGGGCCAUAUCCUCGCCCUGGAUGCGCCGCGGACCGAAAGGUUAAGACAGAGAGCGGAAGAAAUCGUCACCAAAGACAAGAAGACUGCAGAGGCGCUUAAAGCAUGGUACCCUUCAUAUUGCAAGCGCCCCUGCUUCCACGAUGAAUACCUGCCUUCGUUUAAUCUCCCCCACGUCAGUCUGGUCGACACCCAGGGCAAGGGGAUCGACAAAGUGACGCCCUCCGGAAUUGUGGUGGGAGAUGUCGAGUACGAGCUGGACAUUAUCGUCUGGGCCACGGGAUACCGUGCCCCGAAUGACAGCAGAUCUGAGCCGGGCAGGCGCUCCAACGCCAUCAUCACUGGCAGAGAUGGCAAAACCCUUGCGCAAAAGUGGCUGGACGAAGGACCUGGCACUCUACACGGAGUCUUCACCCAUGGGUUCCCCAACCUGGUGCUUACGGGGCCUUCGCAGGCCGCGGCCUCGGCCAACUGGAUGUAUGUGCAGGACGUUCUGUCGCGCCAUGCAACCCACAUAGUGUCCGAGGCGUUUCGUCGUGCAGAGGACGCUACACAAACGGUUGCCAUUGAGCCGGCCAAGGAGGCCGAGGAGGCCUGGACAAGCCAUAUCACGUCGCGAGUGGCCUGGCUGGCGUCGCUCCAAGUGUGUGGGCCGAGCUACUUCAACAACGAGGGCCAGAAGCAGACCCACGAGGAAAUGAUGAAGACGCUCAGGGGAGCCCACGACUCUCGCGGCAUUCCUGCCUAUGAAGAGACACUGGAGCAGUGGCGGGCCGCCGGCGGCCUCCAAGGCAUCGAUGUGACCUGGUGA